GAUUCUAUCCACCAGCAAUUUUAGAUUUCAAUGAAACAAGUACAUCAGCAGCCACCCUAUAAAACCCAACACAAUCCUUAAUUUUCUAAUUCUCAAAACAACCUUUUAUUCUUUUAUUCUUUUUUUUCUUUUUUUUUUUUUACAUAAAACUGAUAUUCUCUAUGAGAGACAAUCCUGUUAUAUAUCUUAAACGGAGUGAAGUAGAGAUCGAAUAAAUAGAAUGAACGACUUGUUAUCAGGUUUGUUCUCAAAGGGAAAACAAGAAGAGCAUGUGAUUGAGAUAACAGAAGGUGGUGGCAUAAUGGAGUUGGAGAAGUUCUUGGAAGAAGUGGAAUCAGUGAAGGAGGACUUGAAGGAGCUAGAGCGUCUCCACCUAAGCCUUGAUGCUACAAACCAAAACGGAAAAGCGCUUCACAGCCCAAAGGGCGUUAGGGAGCUACGGUCUCGCAUGGACCUGGACGUGGCUCUCUCUCUCACCAAAGCCAAGCACGUCAAGGGUCGCUUGGCGGCUCUCCACCGUGCCAACCAAGCCACCCUCUCCUUGCCCGAUUGCGGGCCCGGUUCAUACUCCGACCGGACCCGAACCGCGCUGGUGGGGGCCUUGACCAAGAACCUUAGACAGUCCAUGGCGAGUUUCAAUAAGCUGAGGGAGCAGAUAUCGUACGAGUACAGAGACACCGUGCAACGUAGAUACUACGCUGUCACUGGAGAGAACCCUGAUCAAGAAACCAUCGACCUCCUCAUCUCUACGGGUGAGAGCGAAACAUUAUUACAGAAAGCCAUCCAACAGCAAGGGAGAGCCAGUGUCAUGGACACAAUCCAAGAGAUUCAAGAGAGGCACGGCACGAUGAAAGAGAUAGAGAGAAGCCUACACGAGCUGCACCAAGUGUUCAUGGACAUGGCAGUGUUGAUCCAACACCAGGGUGAACACUUGGAUGACAUAGAGAGCCACGUGGAACUCGCAAACUCCUUCGUGAGCAAAGGGGUACAGCAUUUGCAGGUCGUGAGGAAUCAUCAGAAGAACACCCGUAACUUCACUUGUUUCGCCGUUCUGCUCUUCAUCAUCGUGUUGGUCAUAAUUCUCCCUAUUGUUUUCAGAAAUUGAUGGUGUUAUCAUCGGUGAGUGGUGGCUAUAUAAUAUAAUAUAUGGGAUAUUCUAACAUCAAAACUUGGUAGUCAAGUCAAAGCUGCCUUGACCUUCCAUGUGAAAAUGCAUGCCUUUCUUUCUGUGAUCAUAUAUACUAUACGUGUAGUGUAUGUGCUUUAAUUUUUUCCUUGCCGUUGUUUAACGUCUCUUUGAGGAUUUUCCCGACAAUGUAACUUUUACUAGCAUGAAGGCUAGGCUGGAGCUAAUUAAAGCACUUUAAUUUUUC